AUGCAGUUAUUUAUUCGAGUUGUGGGUCGAGGUGGCGUGGUGCCGCGACACUGGGACGUCAGCACUACGCAGGGGAUAGUUAGGGGGUACUACAAACCCAACCCCCCGCAUUUCACCUUCCUCGGUGUUCCCUACGCCCGCUCGCCCACCGGUUACGACAGGUUUAAGGCACCAGAGCCUCUCCUAGCAUGGGACGGUAUAUUCGAAGCCACAUACCAAGUAAAAUGCCCUCAGCCAGAUCUCUCGGGAACCGAGGAUUGUCUGGUGGUCAACAUAUUCAUACCAGCUGUGAAUCAGACCGACAUGCCUGUAAUAAUGCAUUUUCACGAUGGACACUUUCAAAGCGGCUGGGGCGCAUUUCACGCGCUGCCUCACUUUCUCGAGCAGGAUAUAAUUGUCGUAACAUUUAACCACCGCAUAGGCGCACCCGGCUUCCUUUGCUUACGUACUCCAGGGAUACAAGGAAACGCGGGGCUGAAGGACCAGAUAGCGGCUCUUUAUUGGGUCCAACGCAACAUAGUGCAGUUCAGAGGUAACCCUAUGGACGUCACAGUCUACGGCACUGGUAGUGGCGCUGUUUCAAUAGAACUACUCCUGCUCUCCGGUGCAAGCGACCAACUUUUCCAAAAGGUCAUCCUAGAAUCAGGAUCAGUGUUAGCACCAUCGUCAAUGACCUAUAAUCCUAUUUUACACGCACUAGAUGCUGCAAAGGAAUUAGGAUACAAAGGCGAUGAGGAACUCAACAAUCUACAGACGUUUUUCCAAAAGAUUUCAAUCUAUAAACUUGUAAAUGCAUCCACAAAAUGGCUGCCGUGUUUGGAAAAGAAUUCUAAGCAAGCUUUAGUACAUACUGAUCCAUUACAUGCAUUGAGCAAUGGAAAUUUCCGGCAUAUUCCAAUGAUGUUGGUGUACAGUAACUGCAAACAGAUUGAAGUAGUAGAAAACAAUAAGGCUAGAUUCAGAACGAUACCUGAGAACUUUGAUCCACUCUUACCAAACAAUUUGGAAAUUGAUAAUAUGAUGGACAAACAAAAAGGAUCCUACACCCAUCACCACAGCCGUAAUACCAGAAGUUUGGGCUCCGAUCACACCGCAAAUAGUGGACGGAACAAUUAA